GGCUGCUCCUCCAACCGCUCGAACUUGCAAGACCGCCAGCUCCUUGAGCAUUUCUCAGAUUGCUGAGAUCACCAUCUCCAUUGCUAAUAUGGCAUCCGUUGGGUCCCUCUGGGCCACACCGCCAACGAGGACACCAUUGAUCGAGAAUCUGGUAUCCGGUGUAGACCGGUACAACCCGAAUAAUGUAAGUAUACUGGAGGACUAUCUCUACCAUCAGAUCCGAAGCGAGGAGUAUGACUGCCUGGCCAACUUGGCCAUCCUGAAACUGUACCAGUUCAACCCUGAUCUCUACAACCCUGACGUCGUCAUUAAUAUCCUCAUCAAAGCCCUCACGUCCGUACCUUUCCCCGACUUCAACCUGUGCAUCUCCCUCCUCGACGAACGUCCCGCCAGUACAAAUCCCGACGAGCCCGACCCCCUUCCCUCUCUCCUCCCGAUCCUGACAUCCUUAUACAAUCUUCUUCAGCAAUGUCGCUUCCCCGCGUUCUGGGCACAAUACCGAUCCGACGAGGCGGAAUCAUUGCGGGAUAACUACACGGUCGAGUGCAUAGGGUUCGAGAGUUCCGUGCGGGACGUGGUCGUCCGAGCCGUGAAAGCUGCAUUCACGAGGAUAGGACGGGAGCGUUUGAGCACAUACCUUGACUUGACAGGCGAGGAGCUGGAUGCAUACAUCGCAAAACUCGGGUGGUCCUUAGACUCCUCCACAGGAGUCAUUACGGUCCCACCGAACCCGGAUAACCAGAUCGAAUCGACUGUUGUCCAAGAAAAUAUUCAGUUGCCGCAGCUGGUGAAGAUUAUCUCGCACGCAACGCAGACUGCAUACUAGGAUUGGCACAAUGCCCUCUCCCGCAUGCCUGUUUUCGUCCUUCUUAUGUGUGCUCCACGUGUCGUCCGUGUAAUGACAUGAGUCUCGCGACCUUGCUGUCGGAACUGCUCAUGGAUGCAAAGGCCAUAACGUUCCGUCAUUAAUAUAUUACAUGGGUAUUCAUGUACUCUAUGUCACAGUGUCCUUCCCUUUCCGUCAUUGCAUCGACCAGAAUGCCGCUAUCGUCCCCCAUGUGGCCAUGAUCAAACCGCUCGCUAGAAGAAAACCAUCUCACCAACUGCAAUGUCUAGCCAGCGCAACCUUUGCAGAGAC